AUGACAAAAAAGUUGGCCAAAAAGUAUGCCAAUUUAGCCAGUAUCACCAUCAACCGAGAGCGCGAAUUUACUGACCAAAAGGUCCGUGGUUUGAACCCAAUCUCUGCAUCUCGACUUCCCCUGUCUAGGCUUGGGCAACCUGGCAGUAUCUCAGCCCUCGUGCGUCCUUUGUGUGGCAUGGCAGCUAGGCACCGAAAUGGUGCUACAGCUGGGCCUUCUAGAAUAAAACUAUCGGGGGAACUGGAAAUAUAUCCUCCUGUUUAUCGUCCUCCCCUUCAUCGUGUACGAUCGCUUAGAUGUGGCAUCCUUUCGGCACCUAGCUGCCAUAUCACCAGAAGGAAGCCCGUGGGCUGGGAUAGUACAAGUCUGUCCAAGCCCAGACAGGGGAGGUUGAGAGGCAGAUGCCGGAUUCGAACCAUGAACCUUCCGGUCAGUGAAUUCGCGCUCUAA